CAGUUUGACGGCACAAACGCGCGGCUCUGCUCUGCUCUGCGGGGGGAAAUAUCCAAGAAAAAAGAAGGACAUCCAAAAUCAGACAUGGAUAUUUAACGGGCAUUUGAAUUCUUUUUCUCUCUCUUUGUUUUUUCCCCUUACCCAGUGAUGUUGCUUUUGCCCCGGGGGUGUUAAUUGAACCUGCUCGAUGUCUCUCAUCAGUUUAUAACCGAAACAAAAUGAGGAUUUCUUCUCGCGACUGGUUUCUGUUGAUGUUCUCGGGCUUUUGGGGACUCACAAUGGGUGCUUUUCCGAGCAGCGUUCAGAUCGGCGGUCUGUUCAUCAGAAACACUGAUCAGGAGUACACUGCCUUUCGGUUGGCAAUCUUCCUGCACAACACCAGCCCGAACGCCUCGGAAGCCCCGUUCAAUCUGGUGCCUCAUGUGGACAACAUCGAGACGGCCAACAGCUUCGCCGUCACCAACGCCUUUUGCUCCCAGUACUCCCGCGGUGUCUUCGCCAUCUUCGGCCUGUACGACAAGCGCUCUGUCCACACGUUGACAUCCUUCUGCAGCGCCCUGCACAUCUCCCUCAUCACACCCAGCUUCCCCACGGAGGGCGAGAGCCAGUUCACCCUGCAGCUCCGGCCGUCCAUCCGGGGGGCGCUGCUGUCCCUGCUCGACCACUACGACUGGAACAAGUUUGUUUUCCUCUACGACACAGACCGAGGAUACGCCAUCCUGCAGGCCAUCAUGGAGAAGGCGGGACAAAACAACUGGCAGGUCAGCGCCAUCUGCGUGGAAAAUUUCAACGAUGCCAGCUACAGACGGCUGCUGGAGGAUCUGGACCGGAGACAGGAAAAGAAGUUCGUCAUCGACCUGGAGGCGGAGAGGCUGCAGAACAUGCUGGAACAGAUUGUCAGCGUUGGGAAGCAUGUCAAAGGCUACCAUUACAUCAUGGCCAACCUGGGUUUUAAGGACAUUAACCUGGAGCGCUUCAUGCAUGGUGGCGCUAACGUCACAGGCUUCCAACUGGUUGACUUCAGCAAUCCCAUGGUCAUCAAACUGAUGCAGCGCUGGAACAAGCUGGAUCAGAGGGAAUAUCCAGGCUCAGACGCCCCACCCAAGUACACCUCAGCGCUGACGUACGAUGGGGUGAUGGUGAUGGCUGAGGCCUUCAGGAACCUGCGGCGGCAGAAGGUUGACAUUUCAAGACGAGGGAAUGCAGGCGACUGUCUCGCCAACCCUGCAGCCCCGUGGAACCAGGGUAUCGACAUGGAGCGCACUCUCAAACAGGUCCGGCUGCAGGGAUUAACAGGUAAUGUCCAGUUUGACCACUAUGGCCGCAGGGUCAACUACACAAUGGACGUGUUUGAGCUGAAGAACAAUGGACCCAGACGGAUCGGCUACUGGAACGAUGCAGACAAACUGGUGCUGAUCCAGGAUUCUCCGCUGCUUCCAAACGACACGUCAGGCAUGGAGAACCGCACAGUCGUAGUCACCACCAUCAUGGAGGGUCCUUAUGUGAUGCUUAAGAAGAACUGGGAGAUGUACGAAGGAAACGACCAGUACGAGGGAUACUGCGUGGACCUGGCCUCUGAGAUCGCCAAACAUAUCGGCAUCAAGUACAAAAUCUCCAUCGUCCCAGACGGGAAGUACGGCGCCAGGGACCCAGAGACGAAGAUCUGGAACGGAAUGGUCGGGGAGCUGGUGUACGGGAAAGCGGAAAUCGCUGUGGCCCCUUUGACUAUCACGUUGGUCCGGGAGGAAGUGAUUGACUUUUCAAAGCCCUUCAUGUCGCUGGGCAUUUCCAUCAUGAUCAAAAAGCCCCAGAAAUCCAAACCAGGGGUUUUCUCCUUCCUGGACCCGUUGGCCUACGAGAUCUGGAUGUGCAUCGUGUUCGCCUAUAUCGGCGUGAGCGUGGUGCUCUUCCUGGUCAGCCGCUUCAGCCCGUAUGAAUGGCACACCGAGGAGCCCGAAGAGGGCACCGACGGUCCGCCAAGCGACCAGCCCCCCAAUGAGUUUGGUAUCUUCAACUCCCUCUGGUUCUCCCUGGGCGCCUUCAUGCAGCAGGGCUGUGACAUCUCCCCCAGAUCAUUAUCGGGCCGAAUCGUGGGUGGAGUGUGGUGGUUCUUCACCCUCAUCAUCAUCUCGUCCUACACUGCUAACCUUGCUGCCUUCCUCACUGUGGAGAGGAUGGUUUCCCCCAUCGAGAGCGCCGAAGAUCUGGCCAAACAGACCGACAUCGCCUACGGCACUCUGGACUCUGGCUCCACCAAAGAGUUCUUCAGGCGGUCAAAAAUCGCCGUCUACGAGAAGAUGUGGGGCUACAUGAAGUCCGCCGAGCCCACAGUCUUCACAAAGACCACAGCUGAGGGCGUGGCACGGGUCCGAAAGUCCAAAGGGAAAUACGCCUUCCUGUUGGAGUCCACCAUGAACGAGUACACAGAGCAGAGAAAACCCUGCGACACAAUGAAAGUGGGAGGAAACUUGGACUCCAAAGGCUACGGAGUAGCUACACCCAAGGGUUCACAGUUAAGAAGUGCAGUUAACCUGGCAGUGUUAAAACUCAAUGAGCAAGGCCUGUUGGACAAAUUGAAAAACAAGUGGUGGUACGACAAAGGAGAGUGUGGCAGCGGAGGCGGUGGCGAGAAGGACAAGUCGUCCCAGGCCCUCAGCCUGAGCAACGUGGCGGGGGUCUUCUACAUCCUCGUCGGGGGCCUGGGCCUGGCCAUGCUGGUGGCCCUCAUUGAAUUCUGCUACAAGUCCCGCAACGAGGCCAAGAGAAUGAAGUUAACAUUUACAGAAGCCAUGAGGAACAAGGCCCGUCUGUCCAUCACAGGCAGCGUCGGGGAGAACGGACGGGUGCUGACGCCCGACUGUCCCAAGGCCGUCCACACCGGACCUCCCCUCCGCCAGAGCUCGGGCCUCGCUCUGGUGUCCUCUGAGCUCCCGUGAAAACCAAAAACCUCUCAAGUGCCUUAUUCCAAUAACGAGAACAAACAAUAAUCACUCCACCCACACAACCAACCACGAAGAAACAGGAUUCAACACGCAAUGGGUCACCUCGGGUGACGACGGGACUAAAAGAGGCGCUGAACACAAACUCCACUGACUUGUUGUGGCUCUGCGAUUUCUCGCUGAAAUCUGCGGAAACGGGGGGCAGAACAAGCGAGAUUUUUAUACUUGUGUCGCCACAGGGGGGCGUACGUGAAUCAAAAGGGAGCUUUUCAAUGUUCAAAUCCGAAGAGGACGAGAGGGGAGAAACGUGAGAAAUAUCAUGAUAUAUGAUAACAACGAUGACCAGAAAACUGUAAACUUGAAACUGUGCUUUUUUUGGUAUGGCUGUGAUUGAGCAAAAACUGAACCACGAUCAAGAUUGUUUUCAAACUGAACAGUAUUUGCUACACAGACACGAGCGGCGUUCAAGGACAACAAUCUCGCGAGAUAUCAACACCGGGAGAAGCUGACGCCCGGUGCCAUGAAGAUACGACAGAAAAUAUUUGUAUUCAUAAUAAGGAAAAAGAAAUCUAUUGAUAUUGAAUAUAUGAGCAAACAUAGAAAACUGUGAAAAUAAGUAAAUAUGUAUAUUCCAGAAAAAAUACAAUGAAGAAUUUAGCUGUACAUAGGGACGACCGUGUAACAUGCUUGCUUUUUAAACAGAUGUACAUAGCAGACACUGUAGUGGACAGACAGUUCUUUUGUAAAUCAUCUUUAAAGAUUUUAUUCAUCGCAAUAACGAAAAAGACGAUGCCACUUGAAGGAGGAGACGUGCGGUGUUUAAAUUUGUAAUGUGUUGAGUACUUAACUGUAUUAUAUAGGAACAUUCAAGCUCUUAAUGUGAAGGGGUAUCGACUGCCCGAAUAUUCUGAUACCUGUUACUUACAAAAAUCAUUAAUAUAUUCAACGAUGAAUGUUAAGUAGCUCUACCCCAAUCCUUAAGCCACAACCCUCACUGUGCAGACGUAGACCCAGACAGUCGCUCAUGAGUAGAGCUUUAUAAAUUUCUGCAGUCAGAAUCUAACUAUUUUUUUCAUUCUUCAAUCUAUUUUUUGUACUGAAAAUUUAAAAAAAGAAUCCGUCCGUCUCCUGGUUUUAAUGUCGACAGUCGAGUGCUAUCUGGGUAGAUCUUUUAGACCAUUUUGUGUGUGGAGACAUGAGUCCAAACGAAAUUGAAAAGUCAUUUCUCUCUCUCUCUCUCUCUCAUAUGUUAUUAAAAAUGUCCAUGUUUUCGAUCCUCAAGCCGCUGUUUGUAUGUUGAAUAAUUCGAUUGAAACACUGUGGAUCCUCUGGAGAGGCUGGACAUGCAGUAGCAGAAAUGUAUUUGCUCCGGUCUCGCUGACUGAAGUGUCCUCAUCUCUUUUGAAAAAAAAAACAAAAAAAAAAAACUGAAGGACAAUCUGCAAUAGCAUACAAGACGCCACAUCUUCAGCAAACACCAGCCAAGGGUGAGGCUGGCUCUUAAUGUUUCUGUUUGUUUGUUCCUGGUUCUCAACAGGGAAAUAUUUCAGGUCAUGCCUUUUUGUCCUGCCAUCUGUCUCUAGAGCUGAAGUGUAAU